AUGUCUUUUCGUUUGCUUAGAUCCACUAGACUGGGUUUUCAACCUGCUCGUUUUCGACACACACCAAAGCAUAUUGCUCGAUUAACAACCUCCAUACCACCUAAUGAUAAACCCACCGAAAAACCAGUACCUGACAAUAGCCCUUUUAAACAUUUGCAAGAUGCGUCUGUCGAAAAGACUUUAGCUGCUACCAAAGCUUAUUUCGAUAAGGUCCAAUUAGACUUGAAACCUCGUUUAGAACCUUACAUUACCAAAAUCAAUCAUGCUUCUGAACAAUUGAAACGACUCACGAGCGAUGUGAGUGAUUCCAAAGAAGCUUUACGAAGAGCCAGUCGUGCCAUGAAUGAAUUAACAGGUUAUGACCAAAUCGAUGCUGUCAAACAAAAGGUCAACAACCAAGCCCAACUCUUUGAAAGCACUCGAGAUCAAGUGCAGGAAGCUAAAAGAAAUUACGAGCAAGCUAUUGAGACACGUUCGAGUACACAAAGAGGCAUUAAUGAGCUUUUACAACGUAAGCAUUUAUGGACAGGCGAUGAUGUCACUCAAUUCACCGAGCUCUAUCGACUUGAACAUGCGCAUUCACAGGCCGAGAUGCAAGCCAAAGAAGCGUACCAAAUGUGUGAAAAGAAAAUGGAUCGAGAGUAUAUGGAAUUGGCCCGUUCGAUUAUGGAAAGAUACCACGAGGAACAAUUAUGGAGUGAUAAAAUUCGUAGCGUCAGUACUUAUGGUACCUGGGCUCUCAUGGUGGUCAAUUUAUUAUUAUUCGUCGCUGUUCAAACCGUAUUUGAACCUAGAAAACGAAAGAGACUCACGGAUCGUUUUGAG